AUGGGUAAUGAACAAAGUCACGGUGGUGAGGCUCCAGCCGGCGUCAGCUCCACAUUUUCCUUCCUCUCGAGAAGAAGUUGGUUAAAUUUAGUUGUUUGUAUCUUGUUUAAGGAGGUUCGAUACAUAAGCAUUCACCGAUCGUGGUCGUGAAUUCCAUGGGACAUCCGGUUGGGGAUCCCAAGGACGAUGAAGAUCUAAAGAAACUUAAGGUAGAGUUUGCUUGGAGUUUUGCGGCUAGAGUCGUCAACAAAAACAUACUGGACAAAAAUAUUUUUUGUUGUAGGAGAUCCCUCGCUUUAACCCAUUGCUUCUCGGUGUUCUUCCUGGCCAAAGAGACUCCCCGAGCAUCUUCAAUAAAGUGGAUCCCAAGUAUAUUGCGCGAUUUGUUCACCGGUUACAACAACAUUUCUCUGCAUGUCAUAAAGCCGUCAGUUCCAACCAGACUCAACUUAUAAAUGAGAUCACUAAUGUAAGAAAAAGCUUUUUUUGCGAGUUGAUUUAUAUCUAAAGCAUGCUACACCCGCACAAUUGGAGCUUCUACAUUUUUUUAGGCCGACCAGAAGACGUCCGCCCUCCUUCGGCGAGUCUCACUUUGUUCCAAAAAGUACGAAUCUUUUACAAACGAUCUGAAAAGAGUGGAAUUGUUGGACAAUCAGCUGAAUGAUGUGCAACGACAACUAAAUGACCUUCUCACAGGAAUGCAAUCGUUAAACUUGCUGCUCAAGGAGAGUGAUCGCCUGCCGGAACUGCCGCUUCUCGCCAAUGAUAAGCCAAGUUGGAAUCAGUUGCCCUAA